AUGGCGGUACAGACGUUGCGCGCGGUCGCGCGUGCUGAGCGACACAAGGGGUGGGUCAGGCUCGCGCGAGCUCUCGCCGACCCGAGGGUGCGCGCCGGGAGGCGUGCGGCGCGGGCCACUGCGGCGUUGGUUGUCGCCCCGCGGGGACGGGGGGGGGGGGGGGGGGGGGGGGGGGGGGGGGGGGGGGGGGGGGGGGGGGGGGGGGGGGGCACGCAGCGCCUCCGCGGUUCGGGUGUCGCGGCACAUACCGCAAAUCAUGAUGCUGCAGCGGCGCGGGGUGCGUGCGGCGCCGGGCCGGACGCUGGCGCGAGGACGUAUGGUUUGUGUCGAGCGCCCAUGCGGCAAGGUGGCCGGCCCGGCCGGGGUCUGUACUGA